CACCUGUACUGCAUGUCUGUAACGUCCAUGUCUUAAGUAGGUGCUAGUGAAACUAGAAUGUUAGUUGGCCGAGUCGUUUGAUUGCUUAUAACCUGAUAACGCGAAGCUCUCUUUGUCACCGGCGAGACUCAUCUCGGACGCUUCUUCAGUCAUGAUUCGGGAUCGAUGGCUCGUGUUUGUGUUGCUACUGUUUGUGGUCCAGGCUGUUGUGGCAAAAGACAAAUCUGGAGACAGUCUGGUUAGAAAAAGAAGAAACUGGCUUCCCCCACCAGUAAAACUGGUAGAAAAUGAAGACCACACAAAAAAGGCAUCGGUUGCCAGAAUUCAUUCAGAUUUUGAUGAUGGAAAUGGGAAUCUCAGGUACUCCCUGAAAGGUCGUGGUGCAAAUCAAGAUCCCUUCCAUGUGUUUGUAGUUGACCCUAGAACUGGAAAUAUUCGUGUUACCCAAAGGCUUGACAGAGAGUUCAUCAGUGUUUAUAAUCUGUAUGGUGUUGCUACGUACAAUGAUGGCACUCUGGCAGAGCAAAACAUACCCAUACGUUUCGAGGUUGUUGAUCAGAAUGACAAUGCUCCGGUGUUUGAAGAUGUAAUUGUUGGGAAGGUGGAUGAGCUUAGCCCUCCAGGGACUUUAGUUAUGAAACUGAUGGCAACGGAUGCUGAUGAACCAAACAAUACUAAUUCUCAGAUUGCUUAUACCAUCAUAGACCAGAACCCGCCUGAUGAUAUGUUUUACAUGAACAGUGAUGGGUCCAUCUUCGUCAAAAAAACUUUGGACAGAGAGAGCUGUAGUCAGUAUACUCUGACGGUAAGAGGCCAGGACCUAAAUGGUGCACCAGGGGGAAACACUGCAGCUGGCACUGUUACUAUAAAUGUCGGUGAUGUGAAUGACAACCUUCCAACUCUGGAGAAAGACCAGUAUGAAGGAAGCAUUGACGAGAACACACAAGGUGUGGAGGUGAUGAGAAUCAAAGCAGAGGACCUGGACCUGAAAGACACUGACAACUGGGAAGCUGUGUUUGAUAUUAUCAAAGGCAAUGAGGCUGGGUAUUUUAGCAUUAAAACAGACCCCAAGACAAAUGAGGGGAUCCUAAUACUUGACAAGGCUGUGGAUUAUGAAGAUGUAAAAAACUUUGAACUUGGACUAUCUGUGAGGAACAAGGCUCCUCCAUAUAUACCUGGGGUCAAUGCUGGAACUUCUAUUGGAGUGGGGGGAGGAGGCGGAGGAGGCGGAGGAGGGGGAGGAGGCGGAGGAGGCGGAGGAGCAGGGGCAGGAUGGGGGGUGGGGGGUAGUAUAGUGGGGGGAGGAGGGGUAGCAACUGGAGCUGCUGGGGGUUCUGGUGGGACAUUUAAAACUUAUCCCAUCAAAGUCAAUGUGAAGAACCAACCUGAGGGGGCAAGGUUUAACCCCACAGUCAAAGCCAUUCCUAUUUCUGAGAAAGGCACCUCCUUCAACAUUAAUCAUGUGAUUGCCAGCUACCCUGCAAUAGAUGGAGACACUGGAAAACCAGCUACGAAUGUCAGGUAUAUCAAGGGGUCAGACCCUGGCAACUGGCUAUCUAUUGACCCAAAUACAGCCGAGAUCAAAUUGAACAAGAUGCCUGACAGGGAAUCUCCAGACCUGGUCAAUGGGACAUAUAUUGCCAAAAUAUUGUGCAUUUCAGAAGACAUGCCUGGUAAAACAGCCACUGGCACCAUAGCCAUCCAAGUGGAAGAUUUUAAUGACCACUGCCCCACCUUGACAAGUGACAUCCAGACUAUGUGCACAACAGCGGAUGCUGUUAUUGUGACUGCUAAUGAUGAGGAUGCAUUUCCUAAUGGACCUCCUUUUGUAUUUGAGCUCCUCCCAGAAGGCACAGAGGGAAAAUGGCAAGUGGAGCAUCUCAAUGACACUGCAGCUAUCUUGCGGUCUCAGGAGCCUGUGUGGCCUGGUAUCUAUGCAGUGGAGUUUUUGGUGAAGGAUCAGCAGGGACAUGCCUGUCAAGAACCACAGAAAAUGAGGGUCCAAGUUUGCACCUGUGAGAACGGAGUCACGUGUGGAAAACGAGGCGCCACCAAAGGAGUGGAAUUAGGACCUGCAGGCAUUGGGCUGCUAAUGCUAGGCUUGUUACUGUUAUUGCUUAUUCCUCUGCUGCUACUCUUCUGCCAAUGUGGAGGCCCUGCAACUUUCCCAGACGUCUUUACUAAAAUGCCUUUUGACACAAAGUCACACCUCAUUAACUACCACACUGAACAUCAGGGAGAGAACACGGAGGUACCACUACUGAACUUACCAACACAACUGGAUGGAGACACCAUAAAUAUAGGCAUGGCUCAAAAACCUGUAGCUAUGGCACCACUAGGAAGUUUCGAUUUCCCACAAUCUGUCACUUCCAUUAAUGGGAUGAAUGGGGCUGCCUAUCAAGGUGGGCACAUAAGGGACACUUGGGGUAUGAACCAACAGGACCCAAGUGGUUUCUACUCUGAGAUUGAGACCAGAGAAUCAUUGGGAGGUGGAGGAGCAUAUGAUGGCAUUGCCCUGCCAGACCACUUCUUGAGACAGUAUUACAGUCAGAUGACUAAUGGAAAUGAAAACCUUGGCGUGAAGGACAGUUUGUUGGUGUAUGACUAUGAGGGCCUGGGGUCCUCUGCUGGUUCAAUAGGGUGCUGCAGCCUUUUGGAGUCUGAUAGUGAUCUUCAGUUUCUCAAUGACCUUGGACCAAAGUUCAAGACUCUUGCAGAGGUGUGCGGAGGCAAGAAAAUUUCUUACGAUAACAAACAAGUGGUACCUUCUUUGUCUGGUGCCUCUGUCAAUACUCAGACCUCAGUAUUGAGUUUGAGUGCACAAAAGCUGUCCCCUCCACCCAAACUGGAGCCAGACAGACCCAAAGUGGAGCAGCACAUGGUCAGGGAGACAACUGAGCAUUCUGAAAUUGUAAAGGAAAGCAUGACUACAGUGAAGGACAGGAUGAACACAAUGAAAACAGGGUUGGCAAAUCAAGGCCAGAUGCUCCUAGUACAGCAGCAGCCUGUCUACUACACCACUACUCCUGUGUUGCAGCCAAUGCAUUAUGUAGUCCAACCACAGGUUCAGAAUACUGUGCUGCUGGCUGAAGCACCAACUACCAACCUUCAAGGCAUGAUAUUGGUUAACAACACUCAAUCUGGACCUGCCCAAGGAGUAUUUGUUCAGGGACAGACACUCAUGUCCAGUGGACAAUCCAUGAUGGUUGUUGAUGGCAAGGUCCCUGCAGGGUCAGUGAAGGUGCAAAAGGGGAGCCAGGCCUGCCUUAUUAAUGGAGGUCAUCUACAGUCAGGAGGGCUUUCUGGAUCUCAGAGAGUCCUGAUGGUCGGAGAGCAGGUGGUUCAAGAUGCUGGUGGUCUGUCAAAAAAAGAUGAGGUCUUUGGCUCUGAAAGAAUUCUGUACAAGAAGAGCAGCCAAUCCAUUGGCUCUAAGACAAGUAAGGUAGGGUCCUCUACUGCUACAGUGUGCACAGGCCCUGUCUACCACAAAGUACAGGAGACAUUCACUGAAUUGUGAUCUGGGAAAAUGCAUUUUUAAUAAAGUGGAAAUUUUUGGUAAAGCUAUGUGUCAGGUGUGUUUUUGCGAUGGGUAUUCAGUAUAUGCACGUGAGGUUGCUGGUGGAAGGUGUGCUGCUUAAUUUUCUUGCAUGUUGCAUAGAAACAUAACUAAACAACCUCUGUUAGUAAACUUGUUUGAAUAGCAGCAAAAACCAAGGCCACUACUUGUCUUUCUGUGUUUUGCCUAAUUGUAACAAGUGUGUCAUGUGAUAAACUUGUUACAAUUAGUACCUGAAAGGAUAAACUACUCAAUAUUUUGUUCAUGGAUUGGCAUAAUAUGUUUUUACUGUAUUUAAUUACCUUGAUUUUAUUUAUACAGCACCAAUUCACAACAAUAAUUAUGUCAAGGUAAGGUUAAAACCCCCACACAAUUAUUGAUAGAAACCCAGUAAUCAAAAGCUGGCAGUAAAAGUGGCAGGGGAAAACUCAAUAUUCAGUAUUACAAUUUGCUGCAUGAUAUUUAAUGUCUAUAGCUUCCGUGUCCUAUUAUAUUACACAUCCUGUGCAGACUUGUUCUUACAUUUCAGCUGCUAUCGAGCACUGAGUAAAAAAGUCCAAUUUGAUUUUGAAGAGUUGUGGUCAGUUGAUUUUUGAGAAGUUUUCUACACAGAACUGUACAAGGACUUUACUGGGAUCUUUUUGAAUCACCAGGGGCCUGUAAUACAAAGUUCAGCAUACUUACAUACUUUCCUUAAUCUAGCUUUAAUAAUCUUAACUUUAGCAAUCAGGUGUGUUAAAUAAAUGUGCUGCAUAAGUAAAAAUAUUCCUAUGAUGUCUGAGGCAAUUUUAGCCAUAUUCACUGAGCUGUAAAAAAAAAAGCUAUUAGUUAUGUUUUUCUCUUACUAUCUGUGCAACAAAUUUCAUGGGAUCUUGGUAAUGCAUUUUUCCAGAGAAUCAAUUUGGUCCAUCGCUGGUGGUUUUGUAUGUGUUGAUAUCUUGAACAAAAAAAUGCCUCAGUUAGGUUUGCAGCAUAAGUUAUCAUGGCUAUUUAAGAUGUGUACUGAAAAUCCAGGAUUUAUCUUGAAGUUACCUAGCAAAAUCUUGCUUGGUAGUACAGGCCUCUGGUUAAGUAUUUCACAAUACUAUGCAGGUGAUGAAAUGUUUAUUGCAAAUUGUUCAAUUUAGUAUUCAAUACAUUGCUAUGAAAAAAUAUUGAGGUAAAUCUCUUUUCACUCUGCAUGUUUAUACACCACUACUGUAUUUAAUCAUAAGCAGUUAUUAAAUUCUAUUCUAUUUCCCCUCACCCAAACCGGUCACAGUAGAUGACUGCCCCUCCCUGAGCCUGGUUCUGCCAGAAGCUUCUUCCUGUUAAAAGGGAGUUUUUCCUUCCUACUGUUGUUAGCAUUUGCUUGCUUAUAGGGGGUAAUGUGAUUGUUGGGGUUUCUUUCUAAUAUUUUAGGGUCUUCACCUUACAAUAUAAAGCACCUUGAGGCUACUAUUGUUGUGAAUUGGUGCUAUACAAAUACAAUUGAAUUAAAUCCUUAUCACAUUAAAUCCCAAAGCUGUUCUUAUAGUGUAAUGUAUUUGUUUUCUUUCAAAUGUGGAAACUUAUAUGUGUGUAUAUUAAUUGGAUUGUGUAAGUAUGAGAUAGUGAUUGAUGAAACUACUGUCAGCUUUAAGAUAAUUGGCUCCUUGCUAACAUUGUACAACUUAAAUUGCCAAAAUGGUGCUGCUGUGGUGUAGGGAAAUUCUCAUAUUGUUGUUCUUCAACCAUUCAAAUGAAUGGGAGAGUGUGUCUAAACUUUUGACUGGUACUGUAUUGGCAACGGUUUCAUCUGUAGUUUUUUUUGGUUAUCUGUGAGUGUGUUCGGGCUGGACUUAUUUUUCCUGUUCAUGCUAGAUGGAGAGGUACAGGGAAUUAUACUCAUAAGAUUUCAAGUAAUUAGGAGUAAAUGUUAUAUAUUGGGGGAUCCUAUGCUCAUACUGAUUUAAACCUAUCUAAGGAGACUGAGCAUUUAAACUGUUUUUAAUGUAAAGGUAAAGGACUUGUAAAGGUUUAGUUUCAAUGUGCUGUGGUUUCAUUGUGCACAUGCAUGUCUGUGUACCUUUUUAAUAGUUAGAAAUUGUAAAAACUGGGAUUCACUUAUUACCAUAUAUUUGAACAACAAUCUAAGGGAUGUAUUAUAAAAACAUGUGUGCUUGCUUUAAUAAAAUCUUUGGUAUGAAAAACU